AUGAAGCAAUCAAGAUAUUCAAGCUUCGACUCUACAUCAAACCAAGUUGCACGUGUCUUUAUCGCUAUACAAUUCUUUAUCUACUAUUACUACAAAAAGGAUAAGAAUGUAAGACAGGUCAAUGCAUUUAGAGAUAAAUUGCUAAAUGACCCGUCGAGCAUGGUCAAAGCAUGUGGACCAUUGUUGGAAGAGUAUGACAUUUGUGUCGAGGAUCAAUUUGAAUCGCAAAUGACCCAGUACUUGGACAUGAUGAUACAAUCGGGUUUUGUCCCAGCAGACAAACGAGAUGAAUUUAUUCAACAGCUCAAAAUGAUUACUACUCGAUGGAUAAAAUCAACUAUUACAACCAAGAUGAAUAUUAUUGGAUAUACACUCAUGACCGAUACAUUCCUCAAACAAAAUUUAUUUGAAGAAAAAGAUUCAUGGUCGGUGACUGGUUUAUUUGAUGAAAUGACAACGGUACUAUAUAGAUUGGCGACAGUAUCAAAACAAUUCCAUCAUAAUGUAGGUCAAGUUCUUGAACGAUUGGAUUGGGCGGGACAGAUCCCAACCCAAUACCUUAAAGGACAAAUCAACUAUGGUCGACCACUAUGUCUCUUUAAACAGUCGCCUACCACCAUUCGUUAUGAUGCUCUCAUCAGAACAACACCAUACCAUCUCAUUGAUGAUGUAUUUGCAAAAACAGAGUCACUCACUCUUGUUGGUGCCGCCACCCAUUGGAGUUCGUUCAGUGGUGCCGGCGAAGAGGAAAUGCUAAAGAGAAACAAAGAUAUCACUAAACGAUUGUUUUGUACAUUCCCAUCAGUUGGGUCAAUGCCAAACCUCACAAAACUAAAAGUAGUUGGUAGAUCAUUCAAAACACACAAACAACAACAAGAGACUGGUGGCCAAUACCUCAUUAGAUACUUAAUAUCCAAUGUUGGUUGUCAAUUGGAAGAGUUUGAAAUCGAUGGCCGCAUCUCUUUAAAAGACAUGAGACUCGAUAUCAACAUUUUACAAUACUUGUUCAAACAUCAAAAGUCAUCACUCAAGGUUAUUAGAUUGAAAUAUUUCGUCAUUCGAAAGAUUAAAGAAGUAAAGGCCAUCCAACAAAUGAUUGAAUAUAUUAAAAAAGGAAAGUUACCAUCAUGUAGUUUAGAGUUGUACAGUGGUGAUUACCAAAAAAGAAAAGAUUCUUUUGAUGAUCAAGAUGGUUUCAAGUUGGUCGAAAGUUUUGAUGAUAUAUUAAAACAACUAUUAAAUGAUCACAAAGGUAUAGAUUCAGAGGAUGAAUAA